GCUGCGCAGAGACGACCCAGCUGCUGUCUGGAGGAAACCCACAGCUUUCAGACGAGCUGGAGGGUCGGAGGAGGAGCAGAACCAGAACCCGGAGCAGAACCAGAACCUGGACCCAUCGGACCUCCUGGAGCAGCAGAGUUGGGUCAAAACAGGCGGCAAAACUCCUCCAGGUGUCCUCUGAUCCAAGCAGCCGGGUCAGGUCGGGGGGGGGGAACCGGGUCCAGUCAGACGAUCUGAGUACAGAUCUUACCAGACUGUUUCCAUGGCGACUGAGAUGGAGUCCACGACGGCGGGAGCCGAGAACUUCCUGCAAGAGUGACAGAAAGACAAAGAGAUGGAGGAGAAUGAGAUCAGAACCAGAACAACCUGAAGCUGGACUUUGGAUCUGAAUGGGGCCCGGUGUGAGCCCGGUUCCUGCUGUAGAGAAUCAGAACCUUUCUGAGAUCCAGAAGAUGAUCUGAGACUCUGUGACCUUUGACCUUGGCAUGCAGCUGAACCAACCCCGCAGUCUGACCCCCACUUCCUUCUCCACCCAGUUCAGCACCAUGAGGUUCUCCUACCACCUCCACAGCGCCCCCUGCAGGACAGGCCCCGCCUCCUCCACCAGCCCCACCCUGCUGGCUAAGAGCCUCUCUCUGGAGCCGUCCUGCUCUCCAUGUGGCCACCAGGGGGCGCUGGACGCUGACGCUCCCCUGCAGCCCGACUCGGACCCGGGGUCGGAGGGAGGGGCAGAGCCGGCGGAGAGCGGCGGAUCCGUGAAUGACACGGGGCCACCAGAGCUGCCAGUAACCACGGUAACGGCGCCAAACCGGACCCGUCCGCCACUGCCGGGGCCCAAACCUCAGGUUCCCCCAAAGCCCCCCCACCUGCCACAAGCAGGAGCCAUGAGGCCACGCCCCCGAGUCCCGGAGAAAUCCCUCCCACCGCCGCCCCCCUGCAGGCCCCUCCCUGCUGACCCCCGGGGGGGCUGGACCCCCCCCAGCCGGGCCGACGGCACCGCCUCCCCCACCUGCGUCCUGUCGCUCAUCGAGAAGUUUGAGCGCGAGCAGAUCAUCGUGGUGCCGGACAUCACCGGGGGGGCGCUGUGCCCCCGCCCACUGGACCCUGUCCCCCGGUCUUCAUCACCUCCAUCCUCUGCCUCGCCUGUCCCCCCCCAACCCGGGGGGGCGGAGCCACCCAGUGACUUCACAGAGAAGGAUGACAUCACGCAAGGGGCUGACCUAUGUGAUGAAGAUGAUGAGGAGGAUGAAGAGCUAGAGGCGGCCUGCCGGGACGACGUCCAUCACAAGCGUCUGUCCAUGGAGUCGGGCUACAGCGCCUCAGACAAACCGCUGGAGGACGAGGCGGUCACCAUGGACACGGAGGAGCAGCAGCCUCCGGACCAAUCAGAGCUGCCCUCCGAGUGCCUGUCCCUCCCCUCUUCGCAGACGGACGGGAAGUUGGCCAAUCGGGACAGCGGCAUUGACAGCAUCAGCUCGCCGUCGCACAGCGAGGAGCUCUGCUUCGUCGGCGUGGACGACGUGGGCGUGGCCUAUACCUGCAGCCCCGCCCUGUUGCCCCGCCUCUCCAGCUCCUCGUCCACCGCUGGGGAGGUGGGAGAGGGGGAGGAGGCUCGGGGGGCGAGGAGGAGGGACUUCUCUGAGGAAGGGGACAGCGACCUGGAGGAGGAGGCGGAGCUAACUCUGUUUUGGCCCCCCAAACCGGACCGCCAGGAAUCUGUCCAGCUGUCUGUCCAUCAGCGGGUUUUCAACAUCGCCAACGAGCUUCUCCUCACCGAGAGCUACGUGUCCAAGCUCCACCUGUUGGACCAGGUGUUCUGCGCCCGCCUGCUUGAGGAGGCGCGCUGCCGCUCCUCGUUCCCCUGUGACGUGGUUCAGGGAAUCUUCUCCAACAUUUGCUCCAUCUACUGCUUCCACCAGCAGUUCCUGCUGCCGGCGCUGCAGAAACGCAUGGAGGAGUGGGACUCCAACCCGCGGAUCGGCGACAUCCUGCAGAAGCUGGCUCCCUUCCUUAAGAUGUACGGAGAGUAUGUGAAGAAUUUUGACCGAGCCAUGGAGCUGGUGAACAUGUGGAUGGAGAGGUCCGCUCCGUUCAAGGCCAUCAUCCAGGAGAUCCAGGAGGAGCGCUGUGGGAACCUGACACUGCAGCACCACAUGCUGGAGCCGGUGCAGAGGAUACCCCGCUACGAGCUGCUGCUCAAGGAUUACCUGAACCGCCUCCCGGAGGACGCCCCGGACCACCGGGACGCCCAGAAGUCUCUGGAGCUGAUCGCUACGGCUGCAGAACACUCCAAUGCCGCCAUUAGGAAGAUGGAGCGAAUGAGGAAGCUGCUGAAGGUUUAUGAGCUUCUGGGUGGAGAGGAAGACAUCGUCAACCCGACCAAUGAACUCAUCAAGGAGGGACACAUCCUCAAGCUGUCCAAUAAGAAUGGAACUACGCAGGACCGAUACCUGAUCCUGUUCAACGACCGGCUGCUGUACUGCGUCCCCAAGCUGCGCCUGAUUGGUCAGAAGUACAGCGUCCGCGCUCGCAUCGAUGUGGACGGCAUGGAGCUUAAAGAGACCAGUAGUGUUGCUGUUCCCAGCAGAACCUUCCUGGUGUCUGGAAAACAGAGAUCUCUGGAGCUGCAGGCCAGAACGGAGGAAGAGAAAAAGGACUGGAUUCAGGCCAUCCAGGCCACCAUCCAGCGCCAUGAACAGACCAUGGAGAGCUUCAGACACCUCACCUGUUCUCUGCGAGACGACGAGUCCACGCCGCCCCACUCCCCGAGCUGCGUGGAGUUGGGAAAACGAGCGCCAACUCCGAUCCGGGAGAAGGAAGUGACUCUGUGCAUGAAGUGCCAGGAGCCGUUCAACUCCAUUACCAAGAGACGCCACCACUGCAAAGCCUGCGGACAUGUGGUUUGUGGCAAAUGCUCGGAGUUUCGCGCUCGCUUGUCGUACGACAACAACCGGACCAACCGCGUCUGCGUGGACUGCUACGUGAUGCUGGUGGGGGCGUCGCCGUCGUCCGGGCGGAUGAGCAGCAGCAGCCAUAGGAGGCGCUCCAUCCUGGAGAAACAGGCAUCGCUGGCCGCAGAGAACAGUGUGAUUUGCAGUUUUCUUCACCACAUGGAGAAGGGCGGGGGGCGGGGCUGGCAGAAGGCGUGGUUCGUCAUCCCGGAGAACGAGCCGCUGGUGCUCUACGUCUACGGCGCUCCACAGGAUGUGAAGGCACAGCGCAGCAUCCCUCUGAUUGGCUUCGAGGUCUCGCCGCCAGAGUCAUGUGACCGCCUGGAGCGACGCCACGCCUUCAAGAUUUCCCAGAGUCACCUGACUCUCUACUUCAGUGCAGAAGGGGAGGAGCUACAGCGCAGGUGGAUGGAUGUCCUGUCCAGGGCCGGCAGGGGGGAGGAGCCUCUCAUCCAUCUUCUCGUGGAGAGCGUGGAGGAGGAAGGGGAGGAGCUCGAUGGCGAGGCGGAAGGAGAAAACACCUGAUUUCACUGGAGUGAAGAUGAAGAUGAGGCCGAAUCUGGAAAACAUGUCCUGGUUGGACCGAAGAAAAAACACAGCCAGAACCAAACCCGAGUUAAUCCAGAACCAAACCCGAGUUAAUCCAGAACUAAGUUCCCAAACAGACCAGGUCAACCAGAACAAAUAGAAAUAAUCUAUAAUUUACCCAAAACAAACCACAACUGACCUACAACAAACCCAGAAACAAAACAGGAGAAAUCUCUCGAUAAUUCACAUUUCAUCCAAAAUAAAUCCAUAAAUAAUCUGUAACUAAUAAACACAUCAUUUUUACUGAAACAAAAAGUGAAGAUCAGAACCAGAACAAAUUCAGAACCUGAACACAAACCAGCAGCCAAUCCAGAAACAUGAAUAUAAUGCUAGAAAAUAAGAUCAGAUCGAAAGCACUAGAACCACAAGAACCAGAACUCAUCCGGACCGGUUCUGGUUCUGAUCCGGACCACAUCUUGUUCUGGUUCUGGCCAGCAUAGUCCAGAAAAGCAACACAUCAAGAUCAGAAACAGUCCCAGACGACCCGGUGAAGUUCUGCGCUUCUUUGGACCCGACCCCAAGAACCGGAACCCCAAAGCACACAGAAGAGUCCGCUCCAGAGUCUCCGGAUCCGACCCAGAUCGUCCUCUUUAGAGGAAGCUGCUCCUCUUCCUCUAUGUUCUGUAUGACUUUCUGCUGGAGGUCCAGAUCCAGACUGGAUCGGAUCGGAUCCUGGGAGAACUGGGUCACCGAAGGUCAGGCUGGUGAGACCGCGCUGGUCCGGUCUCAUCCCAGAAAGUUUUCACACCUUCACAGAACUUCCUGCAGUACCAACCUAAAAAGCACAAAACGGGCCCAGAGUUCUGCUAAGCAGCUUCUGUCUCACAUUCCUGAGGAUCCGAAGAUCUGAAGGUCUGGUCCAACAAACAGCAGGGAACCAGAACCUGACCAGAACCACAGAUUCCUCCACCUCACAGGCUAGAACCGAUCCAUCCCACUGGACUGGCAGGAGGUUCUUCAGAACCGGAACCAUGGAGAACUACAUUUCCCAGCAUCCUCUCCCCCUGCUGGUGAGGUUGGGCACAGCAGGGUUCCUGUUCUCUGAAUUUAUUUCUUUUUGUUUACAGCAGAUCUCUGAUUUACUUCUUUUUCUUCAAAAAAUGACAAAAUGAAACGUGGAACUGUUUAAUAUUUAAUGUUGGAGAUGAAAGGUAAUUUAUAAACUGAGUUUUAUGAGUUGGAGAAAAUCUUUAGAAAUUAAGGAAAUAUCAACUUUUUAUGUGAUUUUAUAAAAACUUUGUUUUAUUUGGUUUUUAAUGAUCAGAGUAAUGAUGUAAGACAUGAUGUCAUCUCCAGUCUUUUGGAGCAGCUGAUUGGCAGGAACACUGACCAAUCAGAGCAGAGAUUGGUUAUUCACUGGCAGGAUUCAGUCUUUGGCCGUUUCCUGACAGAAGAACCUGAUGGAGGAACGAUGAUGAUGAUGAUGACGAGGAUGAUGAUGGUGAUGAUAAGGAGGAUGAUGAUGAUGACGAGGAUGAUGAUGAUGAUGGUAAUGAUUAUCAUGAUGAUGAUGAUGAUGACGAGGAUGAUGAUGAUGAUGAUGGUAAUGAUGAUUAUCAUGAUGAUGAUGAUGAUGACGAGGAUGAUGAUGAUGAUGGUAAUGAUGAUUAUCAUGAUGAUGAUGAUGAUCACGAUGACGGGCUUGUGAUGUCUAAUCUCUGGAAGUUCUAUACAGACUGGAUGGAGUCUUUGACUGGUUUAAGAUGCUUCCAGUGUUUAGAUGGAGCCGACUCUGUUUGGACUGGUUCUGGCUCCAUCUCUCUCUCUCUUUCUCAAUUUAUCUGUCUCUUUUUCACUUGUUUUCCAGAAAGUUUUUUGAAAUUUUACAUCUAAAAAAUUCUAAACAUUCUUGUUGUUCUCAAGCUUUGAACCACAGAUGCUCUCUGGGUUCCCAGUUGGUUCCCAGUUGGUUCCCAGUGAAUUCCUGCUUUGGGUUCUCUGUGUCCAUAAGUCUGGCAGUGUUCAUUCUGCUUAAUGGAGAAACUUUUGUAAAUAUAAUUUAUUAUUUUGACCUAAUGCUCAUGUGACUAUGUAAAGGUUAAAGGUCAACUCUUAGUUGUUCCUCCAAUCAGAGUUACACAGGAAGUUCAGACUGGCAAAGUUUAAAGAGAGAUCUGACGUGUUAGAGACGCUGGGCGCUGCAGUGGAAGCUGAGGGAACCUGUUCGAUCACCUGGUGCACCUGGAGUACCAGGUGCACCAGGUGCACCAGGUGUGCCAGGCUCCAGUUUACAUUCUGAAACAGAAAAAAAACAUGUUUGAAACAUCCAGGUUCAUGAUUUGCCUUAACUUCUGUAUUCUAAAUGUCUGAAUCCUGAAUCCUUUCUGUUUUCACUGCCACACCUGAACCUCCUCUUCUCUGGUUUCUGAAGGCCGGUUCCUGGAACCAUCAAAGUUGAGUAGAUUUUUAUGUCCUUUGACUCUUCAGAGUCCAUCUGAACCCCUGACAUGUUUGAGGCUUCGGUCUGUAGAGAUAAACAUGGCCGCUGCUAUGAUGAACAAGAAGAAUUGCCAAGGUUCCCCAUGUUCUUGUGGUUGUGGUUGUCACAGUGCCACCUGCUGACUGAACGUUCCUGGUCUUUGAUGUUAGCAGUUUCCCUCUGCUUCCAGUGACUGUGCUAAGCUAUGCUAACACAUCAGAACAGGACAGGUUCUUGCUUUAGGUUCUGGAUUUCUGGCUCUCUGAUUGGUUGUUUGGCAGUCACCAUUUGUUGUUAGCGUGUGUUUAGCAUGUGGAGCGGUGAGGAUGGAAGGAAAUGGCCACCGGGUCUUUCGGCGCCUGUUAGCGUCUUUGUUUCAGUUGAUCUGUUUUGUUCUGUUUCUGUCAGUGUGACUGAAGCCUUCCUGUUAGCAGAGUUCUAACUGGUUCUCAAUGGAUCCCACUGGUUUGGGAUUGAUCUUAUUGGUUCUAAAUCAGUCUCUUUAGUUUGACUGAUGUCCACCGGUUCUCACUGGUUUUGACCAAUUUCAACUGGUUCUAAUUGGUUUUGACUGGUGCUAGCAGUUUUAAGUAGUUCUCAUAAAUUUUCACUUGUUCUUUCCAGUUUUAACUGCUAGUAUCUGGUUCUUACAGAAUUUUCUUCUCUCUUCUCAACUAGUUCUUGCAGGUUGUUACCAAUUCAAACCGGUUGUAUCUGGUUCAGACUGGUGUUACAACUUUAACUGGUUCCAACUGGUUCUUCCAGGAUUUCACCAGUUCCUGCCAGUUUUAAUUUUAGCAGUAAAAAUUCUAGCUGGAUCAGUUUGGACCAGUUUAUAUCAGUUGUAACUGGUUCUUAUAGGUUUUCACUCAUUCUUUGGCUUUGAUUGCUAAAGGUUUUGACAAUUUCUGCUUACUGAUAGCUACUGGUUUGACUGGCCCAGAUUAUUUUGACACGUUGUUCUAAUCAAUGUUUAAUUCCAACCAUCCUGACAAAUUUGAACAACUAGUCAAGUAUCCCUAGCUAGGCUUUGGUUAACCUGUUAGAACUGGUCAGAACUGGUAAAGGAUAGUUCCUGACAGUUACUUAUAUUUGACUAACUGGUUAUAGACAUUCAGAACUGUCAUGGUGAGGGUGAAACCAGUUACAGCCAGUUACAACCAGUUACAGCCAGUUACAACCAGUUACAGCCAGUUACAACCAGUUACAACCAGUUACAACCAGUUACAACCAGUUACAGCCAGUUACAACCAGUUACAACCAGGUAUGUCCUGUUGAAACCAGUUCUAACUGGUUACAUCAAGGUAUUUCCAGUCGGUUUCAGUCGAAGCUCAAUGAACUUUAUUUUCAGUCAAUAAUCAAUAAUCCCCCCCCCCCCCGUCUGUUCUGUUCAUUUCCUGACAAGUUGCCAUGGUAACAUCUUAGAGGACCAGGGAGUUUUGCGUGUCCAUGUUACCAUGGCAACCACACCUGUCUGGAUUCCUGUUACCAUGACAACAACAACAGCUGCAUAAGCUUUAUACCAAAACUUAUGCAGCUGCUGAAUUUAAAAUUUCUUGUUAUUGUCACAUUGAUUGAUUGAUUGAUUGAUUGAUUGAUUGAUUGAUUGAUUGAUUGAUUGAUUGAUUGAUUGAUUGAUUGAUUGAUUGAUUGAUGGACGGUUUUUGGUUAGUGGCCGGCCACUGCCUUCCAUGCUGUCGCUGUCUAUUACCCAUCAUGCACCUCUGUAAAAUAAAGUAAAUGAGGUUGUAAUGAAAAAAAUAAAAGUGAUGAAAUGGCUUAACGGA